CCUCAGCCUCAUUACCAUCAUGGCGAAAAGAAAAGCUGAAGACGACGAUCUGCUCUUGCAGCAUAAAAAAAUCAAGUUGGAUUCUCGAGCAACUGAUUGCCAGCCAUCCGAAACUCACGCGCCGCCUCCGCCGCAUCAGCCGCCUCUAUCUGAACGAUCCAGGAAACGCAAAACCCCGCAUGGCUCCCAGAUCAAUCCACCCGAAGAGCCAGAAGCCAAACGGCUCAAGGAAACAGCAAAGAACUUGGAAAAAUCCUGGCACGAUCCGAGUCGGCAAGAUCUCCAUGUCGAUUCCCCCGCAGAACCGGAUCCCACAAAAUUUCGAGAUGAUCCAUCAGUGAGCUCACGCGAUACGAGUGUGCAACUUUGGCCAGGCAUUGACGAGGAUCCUUUGGAGGAGGAGGAGGAAGAUGAAGAGAAAAUCUUUCUACAGCAGCUCUACAGGCGUUCAUAUUCCACGGCCAUGGCCCGCAUUCGGCAACUAGAAAAUCAGGGUCAAGAGCAAUACACAAGACGCCGCGGAGGGCCAUUACCAAGCCCAACGCCAUCUGAUGCUGGCAUAGGCGAAAGUCAUCCUACGUCUAUCAACUACACCCAAACGAAUCAUACAACACCAGAACCACUUGAAUCACAAUCAAUGUCUGCUUGCUACACCCAGCCGCUCGAAACCAAGACAGGCAACAGGCCCUCUCAUCAACGCUUUGGGCAACGGCGGUCACGCAAACAAAGCAGACAUAGCCAGGACCAUCCUCUGGACCAAACCACCUCAACUGUUGUCAAAACCUUUUUACAGUCAAAACGGGCUUCCAGACGAGAUGUCGGAUGCACGCUGUGGCAUCUCGACGACAAGGGCAAGGCAUGCUUAGCAGUAUAA